AUGUCUUCUCGCAAGCCCCCAGACCGGUUCUACCGCAGCGCGAUGCAAACGAUGGCAGAAAUUAGCAAUGAGGCAACGAAUGAAUCCAUUCCCGGUACAACCUACUGGACAGACGAUAUUUGCGACCGUGGUUUGUUUCGCGAGAUUAUGAAUGAUUAUUUGGAUUAUGUGUACCCGAUGGUACCCGUAGUACACCGUCCAUCAUUCAAGAAAGCCCUAUGCGAGGAGCAGGAUGAGGGAUUCUCUGCCUUGACCGUCUCGAUCGCCUCGCUAGUCGUUGCGACAAUGGCGGGCAGGUUCCAGACGUACAGGAACCACAAUACACCCCUGAGGUUCUCGUCUCGGAAAGAGAUGAAAUUUGCAAUCUCGUAUCUGUUCUACGCUGCGUUCCUGCAACUUGGGGACCAUAAUUGGUCGCGGAUGUUGAGUGUUGAGGCUUUUCAGUUGGCGAGGCUGUUGAAUUUACAUCGAAUAUCUGAGUACAGAGGUCUGAAUUGCAUUGAGACGCAGCUUCGAAAGAAAGGUUUUUGGUUGGUGUUCUAUUCUUAUGACCUCAUGCCACUGGACGUACCGGAUGAAUCAAUCUUUGAGAAUGAGGUCCUCGUACCGCCAAAUUCAACAAUGUGCUUGGAAAGAGGCUUCAGUACUCAUUCACGAGUAUUCUGGACUGCAAUACGACCUCUGUGCCCUAUAUCUCAAGCUGAAGAGCCAUGCCCGUGUACUCUUGCUCAUAAUCCUCUGAUCCGGAUCUCAUAUUUCAAGGAGCGCCUGGAAAGCCUGAAACAUCUCCUUGAUGAAAUUCCUGAUGUUCUCAGACCGUGGGAGCUAGAGAACAGCCUCGAUAAAGAUUUGGAAGUCCAAAAUCCGAACUUGCUCCAUACGCAAUUUGCUGCCAUGCGCGUGAAUCUCCAUGUGACCCACUUGUGGCUUCAAAGUCUUAUCAUGGAUCAACUGGAGGCUGCGCAGACUCACCAUCAGGGCCAGGGCUGGUCAGCAGAAGCAUUUGAUCAACGAGAAAUGUGGAAAGAUAGAGAAGAGAUCUGUCGUCGAUUAUUCUUUAUCGUAUAUAAUGUCCCACAAAUCAGCCUGGAGGCUAAUGGAUUACACCUGGCUACCAAGGUGCGCGAUAUCUCGACUAGCCUACUGGCUUGUCCCUUCAGUUCCGAUGAUCCUAUAUCUAAACGGGUGAGAGAAUAUGUCGGCCAAUCUACGGAGAUCUUGUCGCGAUUGGAUCAAAGUGAAAGUCUCAAUACUAUGUACCUCCAAACAUGGGUGGAUACCGAUCGUAUCGGGAAUGCCAACGGUUAA